AUGGAGGAGGGAUCCGUCAACUACGGUACGCCCAACAAUGGUGCGUCGCCAAGUGCGAAUCCUAUUCUAGCACAACCACCUUUGCCAGAUAACAACACUGGCAACAGCGAAGAUGUACAGAUGAGCGAAGGCCCCGAACCAACCAUCAAACAAGAUGACAGCACGCCGGCGCCCGGUGCUGCAUCCGCCACUCCUCUAGAUGCCUCCGAAGGUGCCGUCGUCGCGGUAACAGCCCCCGAAGACGAAGAGAUGGGUGAUGUACCCAAGGAAGAGACAACUCAGAACGGCGAUGGCGCCAGCGCCAACGAAGGCUCCGGCGAUGUCGCCAAAACAAAAGAGCAAAUUGGCAAUGCUGCGCGAGAGCAUGUUAUCUCACAGACGCACGCCAUCAUCCUUCCCAGCUACAGCACCUGGUUUGACAGGAACACCAUUCACAACAUCGAGAGGAAGGCGCUGCCAGAGUUCUUCAACAACAGGAACCGCAGCAAGACGCCUGCCGUAUACAAGGACUAUCGCGAUUUCAUGAUUGACACAUAUAGACUGGUGCCGUACGAGUACCUCACAGUUACGGCCUGCAGACGUAACUUGGCCGGUGAUGUUUGCGCCAUCAUGCGCGUCCAUGCUUUCCUUGAACAGUGGGGUCUUAUUAACUACCAGGUUGAUGCCGAUCAGCGACCGUCGCACGUCGGACCCCCCUUCACCGGUCACUUCAAGAUCAUUGUCGACACCCCUCGUGGUCUUCAGCCAUGGCAGCCCGCUGCGGACCCUGCCCUCAUCGAAGGAAAGCCCAGCAAGGAUACCGAAGCGAAGGCUGCCGCCACACCUGUACCCAAGAGCGAGCAGACACUCGAGUUGGGACGCAACAUUUACGAGGCCAAUGCCAAGAACAACAAGUUGAACAAGACCAACGGAGAGACCCCUGCGACUAACGGCGCGUCGGAAACCGAUGCUCUUACGAAGGCGCCUAUCGCCAAGAUCAUCUGCUGCAACUGCGGCAUCGACUGCACCCGGAUCUACUACCAUAGCUCACAGGCUGAUGUUAACUCGAAGACAAAGUACGACAUGUGCCCCAGCUGCUACCUGGAAGGCCGCCUUCCCGCCAACCAAACCAACGCCAGCUACACCAGAAUGGAGAACCCGACAUACACCUCGAUUCUCGACCGCGACGCGCCCUGGAGCGAUGCUGAGACUCUCAGGCUUCUGGAGGCGCUCGAGAGGUACGACGAUGAUUGGGGUGAGAUUGCGGAGUACGUUGGAACAAGGACGCGCGAGGAGUGCGUGCUGCAGUUCCUGCAGCUGGAUAUUGAGGACAAGUAUUUGGAAUCUGAGAAGUUGGACGCUCCUGUUGGGUUACAAAUGCUGGGCAGCCACAGAGGGCAGCUUCCGUUCAGCCAAGUCGACAACCCGGUUAUGUCUGUUGUCGGAUUCCUUGCCGGCCUUGCAGAUCCAGCCAGCACAGCGGCCGCUGCCGGAAAGUCAGCAGAGCUCCUCAAGCAAGGGCUCCGUAACAAGCUUGAGGGUGGAGCUGAAGGUACAGAGUCGGAGGAUAAGGGUAAAGAGAAGGAAAAGAGCGGCGACUCGAUGGAGCUGGAUAUCAGGCAGGAGACUACGACAACCACAACCACCGUUUCCACAACCACGACAACGACCAAGACAUCGGCAUUGGCCAACAUCCCGCUCGCGACCAUGGGCGCCAGAGCCGGCGGCCUUGCCUCGCAUGAAGAGAGGGAGAUGACCCGUCUGGUAUCGGCAGCGGUGAACGUGACACUGGAGAAGAUGGAGUUGAAGCUCAAGUACUUCAACGAGAUGGAGGCCAUCCUGCAAGCCGAGAGGCGAGAACUCGAGCGCGCUCGCCAGCAGUUGUUCUUGGACCGCCUAUCGUUCAAGAAGAGGGUGCGCGAGGUUCAAGAAGGGCUCAAGGCGGCCGCUGCUGUUGGUGGAGAGCAGGGCGUCAAGUUGGCCCAGGAAGCGUUGACGGACGGGCAACGGAUGAGCUUCAACGCGCCGCCGGCGGUUGGGUCAGUACAGCCCCUGAGUACAGAAGGCCAGGUAAAGUCAUACGAGGCAUAA